CAAAUUAAAUUAGGUUUGUCAUAUUGGGCAAAAUGCUGAACCAUGCUUUGUGGACAGCCUCCAAUGGUCGAAAACAAAACAAAAUCUUUACCUCGUGUAUUUUUGUGACGCUCUUCUACAGCCACCUGGUGGACGGAGGCCCACAUUUUACAAAGCGCAUUCCUGUUAGUUUUGGACAUUGCAGGGAUCCGUAGUAAAAGCGUCCUUGGAGCUGGAAGAGAUGUUAGCAACCAGCAGCCAUUUGAGUGGUUGUGUGCGACUCUAUUUCACUGGAACAGAUUUGUGAACCGUGAAAGGUUUCUGUCACUUCUAAUGUCGUGUGGUUUAUUGGUGGUGUGAAGAUGACCACAAAUAACCCCUCCGUUUUUCUUCUCAUGGUUAAUGGACAAAUCGAAACAGCUAAUUUUCCCGAAUAUGAUGACUUAUAUUGCAAGUAUUGCUUUGUAUAUGGACACGACUGGGCUCCUACAGCAGGUCUCGAAGAGGGAAUAUCCCAAAUAACAUCGAAAGGAAGAGAUUCCUCUCAGAGCCUGGUGUGGAACUUCCCCCUGGACAUUACUUUCAAAAGCACCAAUCCAUUUGGCUGGCCUCAGAUUGUGGUGAGCGUGUAUGGGCCGGACACUUUCGGAAAUGACGUAGUCCGGGGUUACGGAGCAGUGCACGUCCCAUUUACACCUGGAAAACACACAAGGACAAUCCCGAUGUUUGUUCCCGAGUCUACAUCAAGACUGCAGAGAUUCACAAGCUGGUUGAUGGGAAGACGUCCUGAAUUCACAGAUCCUAAAGUUGUCGCUCAGGGAGAGGGAAGAGAAGUAACCAGGGUGCGCUCUCAGGGCUUCGUAACCAUCCAGUUUAACAUUGUUACCAAGGACAUGAAGAAGCUGGGAUAUGACGUCACACCCGCAGAGCAAACACCAGCAGGUCGCCCGGCAGGACCCUGAGGACCCCACAGCGGUUACACACUCUUUUCAUAAAUGUACAGAUCUAGUGUUUUUAAUAUUUAACAGCUUUUAUUGUAUAAUUAGCAACAUGUUAACUGUAACCUCCAUUUUCUCCAUCCUGCUACUUUUAUAUAUUUGUAAUAAAUUUCUCCACUUCCGUUUGUUUA